CCGCUCGUCCAGCGGCCAUGGCCCGGCGCCAUCCUGCGCACCUCUGCUCCUGAGAGGGGCAAAACUGAGCUCGGGCCUCACCACAAUCAUCGUCAUGUGCUCGGAACUGGACACGGUCACUGACCCACGACCCCGGGGGCGCAACUUUCUCGUCCAGACCCCGUUCCAUCUCUAGUCUUCGUUCGCAGGUAGACUUUGUCUUCUGUCUCCAAAUCCAAAUCUCAAUCCCAGUUCCAUCCCUGUCGCGGAUUUCCCAAAAUCUCUCGCCGAAGGUGGGAGAGGGAGAGGGGGUUCUUCUGUCACUCCAUAGUAGACGAGGCGGAGCGAGACUCGUCGAUUCGAGCUCGGGGGCGGCGACGAUGGAUACCCGACGCAGCGCGGGGCUGGCCGUGCUGUGGAUUGCGCUGGCCGCCUCGCUCCGGCUCGGCCGAGCGCAGGACGGAGCCUGCGGAUCGGCAGCGGGCAACGUGAUUUGCGCCGACCCGCAGUGCUGCAGCUCGGCGGGCUUUUGCGGCACCACGACGGAAUACUGCGGAGCGGGUUGCCAAUCGGCCUAUGGCAAAUGCAGCACCACCGCCAGCGAAGGAGCCUGCGGAUUGGCAGCGGGCAACCUGAGCUGCGCCGACCCGCUGUGCUGCAGCUCGGCGGGCUUCUGCGGCACCACGACGGAAUACUGCGGAGCGGGUUGCCAAUCGGCCUAUGGCAACUGCAGCAGCGCGACCGCCAGCGAAGGAGCCUGCGGAUCGGCAGCGGGCAACCUGAGUUGCGCCGACCCGCUGUGCUGCAGCUCGGCGGGAUUCUGCGGCACCACGGCUGAUUACUGCGGGACAGGGUGCCAGCAGGCCUAUGGCAAUUGCAGUAGUGCGCUCGCCAACGGAGCCCAGGGGAGCUGCUCCGCCGGGCCCCCUCAGAAGCCAUGCGCGGAAGGCCUCUGCUGCAGCCAGUAUAACUUCUGCGGCUCCACGGUGGAUUACUGCGGCGCCGGGUGCCAGUUCGGGGCGUGCUUCGGGGCGAGCUCGGGCCUGAGCGCGGGCGAAAUCACCGGAAUCGCCUUCGGGAGCGCGUUUGUGCUCUUCCUGGGGCUGCUCUUCUACGUGCUGGCGCGAAGGAGGCGCAAGCUCGCGGCCAAGCCCCGGCUGACGGAGCCCCCGGCCGACGACUUCGAGCUCAGCCUGCCGUCAAUCGGGGACUCGCUCGCGGCCAAGGUCAUGGGCAUGCGCUUCUCGUACGAUGCGCUCCACGAGGCCACGAAUGGAUUCUGCGACGAGCUCGGCCGCGGCGCUUACGGGAUCGUGUACAAAGGCACGCUCAGGGACGGCAGCGAGAUCGCGGUGAAGAAGCUCGUCGACAGCCAGCGCGGCGCAAAGGACUUCGAGGCCGAGAUGAAGACUCUGGGGAGCAUCAACCACGCGAAUCUGGUGGCGCUGCGGGGAUUCAGUGUGCGCAGCCAUCAGCCUUUCCUCGUGUACGAGUACGUCCCCAAUGGGUCGCUGGACAGAUGGAUUUUCCGCACUGAUCGGCGACUGCCAUGGCAGACGAGGGUGGAAAUCGCUCGAGGCACGGCCAAGGGGCUGAGCUACCUCCACGGAGAGCUGCAGAUCGGGCAGGCCAUAAUUCAUCUGGACAUCAAGCCCGAGAACAUUCUGCUGAGCGACCAGUUCGUGCCCAAGGUGGCGGACUUCGGCAUGGCCAAGCUGAUCGGGCAGACGAGGACGCACACCAUCGCGUCCGGAGGCACAUUCGGGUACAUGGCGCCCGAGGUGUACGCCGGCGCCGCCACCACGAAGAUGGACGUGUACAGCUUCGGAAUCGUGCUGCUGGAGCUGGUGGCCGGGCGCCGGCACCUGGACCACUCGUUCGGGGACGAUCGCUUCUUCCUUCCUGCGUAUGCGAUGCGGCGCGUCAUGGUGCAUCUGGAGAUCGACGUGGUGGAUCCGAGGCUGGAAGGCAAUUUCAGCUCGAUCCAAGCCAAGGAGCUCAUCACCAUCGCGCUGCUGUGCUUGCAGCGAGAUCCUGACGAGCGCCCCGACAUGAGCACCGUGUUCAGGAUGAUCGAGGGCGUCAAGGUUCCCACCGAGCUGCCGGCCUCUCUGCAGCUCGAGCUCGAGAUGACCGAGCGGCUGGUUCGCAGGCCCACCCAAGCUCUGGGCCUGAAAGCCGAUGCCGAUUCGUUCUCCAUCGACUUCGGCAGCGACCGCUCGCAUCGCAAAACGGGAGAAUCAGGGGACUCCGCCUCGGCCGCCACCGCCGCUACCACUGAAUCUCACCCGGUCUUUCCCCGCUGACAUAUCCAGUGCCCCAUCGCUAGCUGUACAUCACCCACCAUAUCCCCGUCCCGAAUACCUGACUGCCAUAUUUGUGGAACUCGCGUGAAAUUUCAGGGAGGAAUCCGCGCAGCUUUCACGUCCGUGAGAUAGUUUUUUGCCGACGACAUUCGGUUCUACGAUGCGGACGCAGGCUGGCAGGCAGGCAAUUGUGGCACUCGAGGUAGUGCUGAGGAAGCUUUCAGGAACCUCGCGGUAAAAGCGCUUAGCAAGGAAUGUAUAUACAGCAGUAAAUGUACAUCGUCCCACAUCCCCGAGGUAGUCGCAGCAUCAGAGGGAGGGAGGGAGAGAGGGAGGCGAGAAAUCGGAGCGGCCGACAGAGGAAUGAAUGAAGCGUACUCAUCCGUCCCGGAGGAUCAUCCAUUGUGCUCGGUCCAACUCAUGCGGCUCGAGGAGCUCUUCAGCGAAACGAAGAUCACACCCUGCAAAUGAUGUGUCGAAGGUCACACCCUGCAAAUGCUCCGAAGUCAUGUUCUCGGAAUGAUCAGCCUUUAAUUUUUUAUCUUUCCUAUCUUAUUCCGAAAUUUUUCCCGAAGUAUCUGAUUCGGUAAUGUAGUGUUGCGGAUGCUCGCUCACGUCUUCAAUCCAACAACCAACUGCCCAUGACAGAGAGACCCUCUGUAGAACGGUUUCAACCUCCAGAGUUUACUGCAGUAUGUGAUACCGGAAACGCAAGGGGAUUCUCUACGAGACCUGAGUGUUCGUCCAUGUCCGUGUGGUCGAAUUCUACUCCUAAUAGAUAUUGACGAGGAAUGAACCCCAGUCAGAGUUGAUGAGAAAUCUUGACCUCAUCAGGUCUUAAGCAAGGCCCACACAAACAGCCAAACCUCUUUGUGAUUCAACGAUUCUGAGCCAACGAUGCGUAUUACCACAUCGUUGCAUUGUACAGUCUGUCAUGAGAUGAGGACAUGUCAUGACAGACUGUACAAUCUCUGAUCGUUGUUACAUCUCAUUCGAGGUUUGUGAGAACGUAAUAACGAUCAGCGAAGCGCUAUGACCAUGCGCAAAGGGGAAUUACUAUGGAGCCGUGCUGAAAUUCAUACCCGAACCCAAUGCAUCCACAAUCCGUGGGCAUGGAUUCUUACCCGGUAGGUAAUAUAUCCAAUAUAUCGGAUCCCAUACCCGACCCAUAUCCGAAGAGAUUGAGAAAUCAUUUUUUAAUUUUGCUUUCGGUGCAAC